AUGAAAUCAGUUCCGAAUGUGGUAAAAACGUCUUUAGACGCGAAAUUGGUGCUCUUGGAGCAAGCGUUACAAGCCCAAGCAGCAGGGAAUGCAGCAUUGGCCAAACUGAUCCUCAAGGCGGUAGUUGAGAUCAAGCCGGUGAACGAAUCAAGACAUGAGGCGUGCGUCAACUGGAUUCCGCAGCAGGCAGCUGUGCACAACAUCUACUGGCCCUACACCGAUUGA